UACCUUAUUGUUGUUUUGCUUGUUCUUAAGUUUUUCUCAUACAUAUUUAUUUAUUUGUUUAUGGUGGGUGUGGGUUUGGGUGCAACGGCCCAAAGACAACUUUUGGGAGCAGUUUUACUCUGUAGGUUCCUGGAAUUUAAUUCAGGUCCUCAGGCUUGGUAGCAGGAGUGUUUACUCCUUGAACCAUUUGCCAAUCCCUUUCACACUUCUCUUUUUGCAGGGCAGCAGGAGAGAACGUGGUUCUAAGUGUUCCAGGCUCCAGUUUUCCGAGGAUGAGGUGGGGCUGCCAUUUGCCCAGGACCUCUUGGGGCUCUGGCCAGGGAAGAACAGCCCCGCUCCCAGAUGAGCUCCGGAUCCAGUCGAGCUGGCCCUUUAAAGGGGUGCAUCAUCCCCUUAGGCCCCCUAGGGCCUUUCUCCGUCACCAUGGAAACUCGGCAGACAGUGCUCCCCCACCAGGGAGGCAUGGGCAGCUGUUCAGGAGCAUCUCUGCCACUGAAGCUAUCCAAAGGCAUCGUCGGAACCUCACUGAGUGGUUUAGCCGGCUGCCCAGAGAGGAGCGCCAGUUUGGACCAACCUUUGCUCUAGACACAGUUCACGUUGACCCCGUGAUCCGAGAGAGCACCCCAGAUGACCUGCUUCGUCCAUCCACGGAGCUGGCCACAGGGCAUCAGCGAACCCAGGCAGAGCUCCCCCCACUGGCCCUGUCUCAGCUCUUUGACCCAGAUGCCUGUGGGCGCCGCGUGCAGACAGUGGUAUUGUAUGGGACCGUGGGUACUGGCAAGAGCACAUUGGUGCGCAAGAUGGUCUUAGACUGGUGUUAUGGGAGACUGCCUGCUUUUGAGCUGCUCAUCCCCUUCUCCUGUGAGGACCUGUCAUCCCUGGGCUCCACCCCAGCUUCCUUGUGCCAACUUGUGACCCAGCGUUACACACCCCUGAAGGAGGUGUUGCCCCUGAUGAAUGCUGCCGGAUCCCGCCUGCUCUUUGUGCUCCAUGGCUUGGAACGCCUCAACCUUGACUUCCGGAUGGCAGGCACAGGGCUUUGCAGUGACCCAGAGGAACCUGGGGCACCAGCUGCCAUCAUGGUCAACCUGCUGCGCAAAUACAUGCUUCCUGAGGCCAGCAUUCUGGUAACCACCCGGCCCUCCACCAUUGGCCGUAUCCCUAGCAAGUACGUGGGCCGCUAUGGUGAAAUCUGUGGCUUCUCGGAUACCAACCUGCAGAAGCUCUACUUCCAGCUCCGCCUUAACCAGCCUGACUGUGGGUAUGGUGCUGGGGGUGCAGGUGUCUCAGUUACACCAGCUCAGCGGGACAAUCUCAUUCAAAUGCUGUCCCGAAACCUGGAGGGGCACCACCAGAUCGCCGCUGCCUGCUUUCUGCCCUCCUACUGCUGGCUUGUCUGUGCUACCUUGCACUUCCUGCAUGCUCCCACACCUGCUGGUCAGACUCUCACAAGCAUCUAUACCAGCUUUCUACGUCUGAACUUCAAUGGGGAAACACUGGACAGCACCGACCCCUCCAACUUAUCCCUGAUGUCCUAUGCAGCCCGGACUAUGGGUAAGUUGGCCUAUGAGGGGGUGUCAUCCCGAAAGACCUACUUCUCUGAAGAGGAUGUCCGUGGCUGCCUGGAAGCUGGCAUCAAGACAGAGGAGGAGUUUCAGCUGCUCCAGAUCUUCCGCCGGGAUGCCCUGAGGUUUUUCCUGGCCCCGUGUGUGGAACCAGGGCACCUGGGUACCUUCGUAUUCACCGUACCCGCCAUGCAGGAGUAUCUGGCUGCCCUCUACAUCGUGCUUGGUUUGCGCAAGACAGCCCUGCAGCGGGUGGGCAAAGAAGUGUUUGAAUUUGUGGGCCGUGUUGGGGAAGAUGUCAGCCUGGUAUUGGGCAUUGUGGCCAAACUGUUGCCCCUGCGGAUUCUGCCUCUGCUAUUCAACUUGCUUAAGGUGGUUCCACGAGUGUUUGGGCGCAUGGUGAGUAAGAGUCGCGAGGCGGUGGCUCAGGCCAUGGUGCUGGAGAUGUUCCGGGAGGAAGACUAUUACAAUGACGAUGUUCUGGAUCAGAUGGGUGCCAGCAUCCUGGGUGUGGAGGGCCCCCGGCGCCACCCAGAUGAACCCCCUGAGGAUGAAGUCUUUGAGCUCUUCCCCAUGUUCAUGAGUGGACUUCUCUCUGCCCACAAUCGGGCGGUGUUGGCUCAGCUUGGCUGUCCCAUUAAGAACCUGGAUGCCCUGGAGAAUGCCCAGGCGAUCAAGAAGAAACUGGGGAAGAUGGGUCGGCAGGUACUGCCCCCCUCGGAGCUUCUUGACCACCUCUUCUUUCACUAUGAGUUCCAGAACCAGCGCUUCUCAGCUGAGGUGCUGGGCUCCCUACGACAGCUCAAUUUAGCAGGUGUGCGAAUGACACCCCUCAAGUGCACGGUGGUAGCGUCUGUACUGGGAAGUGGACGGCACCCCCUGGAUGAGGUGAACUUGGCCUCCUGCCAGCUGGACCCCGCUGGACUACACACUCUCAUGCCUGUUCUCCUGCGGGCCCGGAAACUGGGGUUGCAACUCAACAAUCUGGGCCCUGAGGCCUGCAGAGACCUCCGAGACCUGCUGUUACAUGACCAAUGCCAGAUCACCACUCUCCGGCUGUCCAACAACCCACUGACAGCAGCAGGGGUGGGCGUGCUGAUGGACGGGCUGGCAGGAAACACUUCGGUGACACACCUGUCCCUGCUGCACACUGACCUUGGAGAUGAGGGACUGGAGUUGCUGGCUGCCCAGCUGGACCGCAACAAACAACUACAGGAACUGAACGUGGCCUACAAUGGUGCUGGGGACACGGUGGCUCUGGCCUUGGCUAAGGCUGCUCGGAAGCACCCGUCCCUGGAGCUGCUGCACCUCUACUUCAAUGAGCUGAGUUCAGAGGGUCGCCAGGUCCUGAGGGAUUUGGGUGGCUCUGGCGAAGGUGGUGCCCGGGUUGUAGCCUCGCUGACAGAGGGGACAGCGGUGUCUGAGUACUGGUCAGUGAUCCUUAGUGAAGUCCAACGCAACCUCAACAGCUGGGACCCUGUCCGGGUCCAGAGCCAUCUCAAGCUGCUGCUCCGAGACUUGGAGGACAGCAGAGGCGCCACCCUUAAUCCUUGGCGCAAGGCUCAGCUUCUGCGUGUGGAGAGCGAGGUCAAGACUCUUCUGGAGCAGCUGGGAGGCUCUGGACACUGAGACAAUGACUGCUGGGACAGAGCUGUGGGACCACUGGCUCUCUGUAUGGCUUCCUGGCUUGUACAACUUCCAGAAAGAUCCCUUCAGUUCUGCAGUCAAAGCAGUGGGUAAAACUGUGCUAUUCCACCCCCAACAAGUCCAGCCUAGAAUUCCCAAGGUCAAAUGCGGUGAGCUGCUGUGGACUUCGGUAUGGAACAUGUUACCUCUCCCUUUGCCUAGAAGGACUAAGGAUGUGGCACAUCAGAGGCCAAAUUGCCCCGUGACGCCACCAUCAGUCCUCCUUCUUCCUCCUCUGACCUCUGACUGUGUUUGCCAUGCUGGGGGUUCUACCAUCCAGCAGAGGUACUGGACGGCUCCCCAUCCUGCCUUACGCUCACCUCUGGACACGAAAUGCCCUCACACUGGUGCCUUUCCCAGCCUCACGUCUCUCAAAUGCACAGGUAUCGAUGGCUCCGAGGUUACUAGGGACAAGUGUGCCCGUCUUGCUAUUAAAAAGCUGUGUGUCUUCCGCUC